UUGCCCAACAACAGCAAGACAACUUGGAAAUGCACCGAUUGCAAAACAAAACAUGCAAAGCCAUUUCAUGCCAGCACCGCAGUUCCAGGGACAUGUCAGGAAACCCCAGUUGCACCUACCACUUGUUUUUCUCAAUCUCAUGAUGAUAAACCUGCGUCCUAUGAACUUGACAAUGCACAAGAAUCUGAUCAUGACAGUGAAGAGGAAAGUGCUGAUGACAUCGAGGUUACUAUGGUUACAACUAGUGAAUCUGAAAGAUAUCGUCCACUAAGUAAUCUUGAUGAACAAGAUUAUCAGCUUAUCAUGUCCCCCCAUGGUUGGCUUGAUGGUGCAAUUAUCCACAGUGCACAGGUACUUUUGCAGAAAAUUAACCCUUUGAUUGAAGGUUUUCAGCGUCCUACAUUAGGUCCAGUGCGAAAUUUUAAUGUAGUUUCUGGUGAAUUUGUGCAGUUAUUGCAUACAGGACAAGAUCACUGGGUUUGUGUCAGCUCAAUAGGAUGCAUUCCCGGAACAGUCAGACUUUUUGACAGUCUUUAUAAUGACAUCAUCUCACAAGAAGUUGAAGAUCAGGUCAAAGACUUAGUAUUAGCAGAGAGCUUCCAGAAACUCGAGUAUGCACCCUGCCAACAGCAAAGAAAUGGAAGUGACUGUGGGGUUUUUGCUAUUGCUUUUGCGACAAGUCUUGUAUUUGGAUCCAAUCCACAAAACCUGAAUUUUGACAUUACAAAAAUGCGCCCACAUUUAGUGGCCUGUCUUCAAGCUGGUCUGAUGUCCGAGUUUCCAUCGUCUUAA